CCCUCCCCCCACACACACACACAAAACCGACACUGAAACAUCCUUUUAAAGAUGGAUUUGUUUAAAUAUUAUUGACAUUGAUAAGUUACUAAAAUAAAGCUUGCCCAGGACUUUGUUUUACUCAUGAGAAGUUAAAGUAUACAGAUAUUUUAAAAUUCUGGACAAUUUCUGGUUAUAAAAACUAUUCAUUCUAUACUCUAAAACAUCCCUGGAUUUUUUAAAUGGUCCAUAACUAAGAGAUGCCAAGAGAAGCCAAAUUCUGAGACACUGGUAUCCAAUUUGGGGAAACUAAGGGAAUGUCAUUGGGUCCUCCCUCUUUUAAAAGUGAAUUUUAAAGGUUUACUUCUUUACUCUAAGUAUGAUAAUUCAGCCUCCCCAAGCACCCUGUUCCCUCCUACUUCAUAAACUGGCUUUUUCUGGAGGAAAAUGUUCCCUCAUAACAAGGUAAUUUCUUUCUGGUGGAAGGAAUUGAAGAAAGUGAAAAUCCAGUUUCUUACCUCUCCCACAUUGUAGAGGAGAGUAAAAUCAAAGUGCUUAUGCUACUACAGUUAGGCCUGGUCUACACUACAACUUUAAUUCGGAUUUAGCAGCGUUAAAUCUAAUUAACCCUGCACCCGUCCACACAACGACGCCAUUUAAUUUGAAAUAAAGGGCUCUUUAAAUAGAUUUCUGUACUCCACCCCGAUGAGUGGAGUAGCACCAAAAUCGAUUUUAUCAUUUCGAAUUAGGGUUGGCGUGGCCGCAAUUCGAUGGUAUUGGCCUCCGGGAGCUAUCCCACAGUGCACUAUUGUGAUCGCUCUGGACAGCAAUCUGAACUCUGAUGCACUGGCCAGGUAGACAGGAAAAGCCCCGCGAACAUUUGAAUUUCAUUUCCUGUUUGCCCAGCAUGGAGAGCACAGGUGACCACAGAUAGCUCAUCAGCACAGGUAACCAUGCAGGCCGAUAAUCGAAAAAGAGCACCAGCAUGGACCGUAUGGGAGGUACUGGAUCUGAUCGCUAUAUGGGGAGAGGAUUCAGUGCUAGCAGAACUUGGUUCAAAAAGACGAAAUGCAAAAAACUUUUGAAAAAAAAAUCUCCAAGGGCAUGAUGGAGAGAGGCCACAAUAGGGACUCAGAUCAGUGCCACGUGAAAGUCAAGGAGCUCAGACAAGCCUAUCAAAAAACUAAGGGGGCAAAUGGUCGCUCCGGGUCAGAGCCGCGGACAUGCUGCUUCUACGACGAGCUGCAUGCAGUUCUAGGGGGGCCGCCACCACUACCCCACCUCUGACCGUGGAUUCUGAGGUGGGGAUAAUCUCAGCUAUACCUGAGGAUUCUGCGGACAGGGAAGAAGAGGAGGAGGAGGAAAAGGAGGAGGACGACGACGAGCUUGCAGAGAGCACCCAGCACUCCGUUCUCCCCAACGGGCAGGAUCUUUUUCUCAGCCUGACUGAAGUACCCUCCCAACCCAGUUUCCAAGACCACGACCCCAUGGAAGGGACCUCAGCAGCUGCAAAUUCUUCAAGCCUCCCUCCUCCGUCCCAAAGGCUAUCACAGAUAAGGCGUCGGAAAAAGACGACGCGAGAUGAGAGGUUCGCAGAAAUCAUGGAAUCCACCCGCAGUGACAGAGCUCAUCUGAAUGAGUGGAAGGACACGGUUUCAGAGUAUAGGAAAGAAGCCAGUGAACGUGAGGACAGGAGGGACGCUCGAGAUGAGAGGUGGCGGCAGGAAGAUCAGAGGAGGCAGGAUACAAUGCUGGGACUGCUGCGUGAGCAAACAGACAUGCUCCGGCAUCUGGUGGGGCUUCAGGAACGGCGGCAGGAUAACAGAGUGCCACUACAGCACCUGUAUAACCCCCCUCACCAUGUUCCAUAGCCUCCUCACCCAGACGUGUAAGAAUGCGGGGGGAGGCUCCGUACACCUUCCCAUUCCACCUCAGUGGACAGCCCAAGCAAAAGGCUGUCAUUUUUUAAAACCUUUUUUAGUGGCCUUUUCCUUCCCGCCGAUCCUCCUCCCAA